UGGGGCGGGCCUUAAAAAACUGCGCCGGCCGCUUGCACGCCAGACGCCGCCAUGAUCAUCCCGGUUCGCUGCUUCACCUGCGGGAAGAUAGUGGGGAACAAGUGGGAAGCCUACCUGGGUCUGCUGCAGGCCGAGUACACCGAGGGGGAUGCCCUGGACGCUCUGGGCCUAAAGCGCUACUGCUGCCGGCGAAUGCUGCUAGCACACGUGGACCUGAUUGAGAAGCUGUUGAACUAUGCACCCCUAGAGAAGUGACUGCUGGAGCCUGCCCUCCUCUGCUGGCCAAGGGCAAUCUGUCAUGCUGUAUUCAAACUGAGGUGUUGGGGAUGAGGUGUAUUGCCUGGCUGUGGCCCUGUGGCUAAGUCCUGUCACCCUGGACGGAACUGUUUAGUAAAGAUCUUUGCAAAACCACCAA